UUAAGUAAAUAGUAGUCAGUCUGUGUCCAGACGCGGUGGCACUAACAUCGCAGGCCAAGAACGUUUCGUGCGCUCGUCCUGCAUUAAAAAUUAAUUUUUUUUUUUUAACAAUAAUUAUCAAAUAUUAUUCCUCAAAAACCGGACUAUCAAGACUCAAUAAUUUUAAUAACAAUCAUAACAAUAUAAAAUUUAUAUUAAAAUAAUACUGCCAACAGUUAUUUUUUUAAUUGAAAAAUUUUUUUAAAUCACACUUAGAAAAUUAAAAAUUAAAUAUUUCCGUUUUAUUUUUUUUUUUAAAUAAUAUAGUGUGAACUGACGGAUAUCUCAAUGACUUUUAAAAAUUAAUAACAUGUAUUAAUCAAUUUUUUUAUAUCCACGUGAAGUGAGUGAAUCAAGUGUAUAAUUUUAUAUAUUUGUUUUACAACUUUAUAUAAAUAUAUUGGAGUAAAAAUAACUGACAAUUAAUAUUUUUAAAAAAAUUUAAAAAAGUUUAUAAAAAUGAAGCACGAAGGAAAUAGUUCACGAGAUGAUGAUAACAAUGGAAUAUUGAUGCAGCCAACAAAAGGUGGUGUGCCUUCACAAAUUCAGAUUGUUCCAAUUCAACCAAAAACAAUAACACAUUUGCCAAAACGACCACCAGUUGAUUUGGCAUUUACAGAUUUGGUAUUUAAAGUACGAGAAGGAAGAAAAGCAAAUGUAAAAACAAUUUUAAAGUCCGUUAGUGGACGACUUAGAUCUGGUGAACUUACUGCAAUUAUGGGACCAUCUGGAGCUGGAAAAUCUACCCUGUUAAAUAUUUUAACUGGCUAUAAAUCAAGUGGAACUGAGGGAAGCAUAACAAUAAAUGGUCAUGAAAGAAAUUUAAGUUCAUUCAGAAAAUUAUCAGCUUAUAUUAUGCAGGAUAAUCAAUUACAUGGUAAUUUGACUGUUGAAGAAUCCAUGAAAGUUGCAUCUAGUUUAAAACUCAGUAAACAUAUUUCAAAAGAGGAAAAAAAUGAAGUGAUUCAAGAAAUUCUUGAAACACUUGGACUUGCUGAACAUCGUCGCACAAUGACCUCGAACCUUAGUGGUGGCCAGAAAAAAAGACUCUCAAUAGCCCUUGAACUGGUCAACAACCCCCCGAUCAUGUUCUUCGAUGAACCAACAAGUGGAUUGGAUUCUUCGUCAUGUUUUCAGUGUAUAUCAUUAUUAAAAACACUUGCUAAAGGCGGAAGAACAAUUAUUUGUACCAUUCAUCAACCAAGUGCUCGGCUUUUUGAAAUGUUCGAUGCACUUUACACUCUUGCUGAAGGCCAGUGUGUUUAUCAAGGAUCAACAUCACAACUCGUUUCAUUUCUAAAAUAUCAGGGUCUUCAUUGUCCAAGUUAUCACAAUCCAGCAUCCUUCAUUAUUGAAGUUGCUUGUGGAGAAUAUGGUGAUAAUAUAUCAAGUCUUGUUUCGGCAAUAAAUAAUGGUAAAAAUGAUAUUCGUGAAGGUAAUCCAUUUCCAGAAACAAAAGGUGAUAAUUUAAAUAAUGUCAAUCAAAAAAAUGGCACAACAAAAAAUAUUGAAGUUAAAGAAGAAACAAAACAAGAUGAUAAUAUUCCAGAUAAAAAUGAUGCUAGUAAUAUACAAGAUAAAUAUACUGAUAAAUUACCCAUUGAAAAUUCAACCAAUAGAGGAAUAUUACCAAAAUUUGCAACUAAUGAUAUUGCAAAGCACAGCAAUGAAGUUGUGAUAUCAAUAGCAGAAAAAGUUGAUAAUAUAACUGUUAAUACUUCACUGCUGGAUGAAACAAUUGUUAAUACUCCCGAGAGAUAUGCAACAAGUGAAUUUACACAAUUUUGGGUUAUUCUCAAAAGAACAUUACUAUUCAGUUAUCGUGAUUGGACUUUGAUGUAUCUCAGAUUAUUUGCUCAUAUUCUUGUUGGUAUUUUAAUUGGUUCUCUUUAUUAUGACAUUGGUAAUGAUGGCCACAAAGUACUAAGUAAUCUUGGAUUUUUAUUUUUUAAUAUGUUAUUUUUAAUGUAUACCUCAAUGACAAUAACAAUAUUAUCUUUUCCAUUGGAAAUGCCUGUACUAAUGAAAGAACAUUUUAAUAGAUGGUACUCAUUGAAAUCGUAUUAUUUAGCAAUAACAGUUUCUGAUUUACCAUUUCAAGCUGUUUUUUGUACAAUUUAUUUGGUUAUUGUUUAUAUUAUGACAUCACAACCACAAGAAGGAUUUAGAUUUGGAAUGUUUUUGGGUGCAUGUUUAUUAAUAUCAUUUGUUGCACAAUCAGUUGGUCUUGUUGUUGGUGCAGCAAUGAAUGUACAAAAUGGUGUAUUUCUAGCACCAGUUAUGUCUGUACCAUUUUUAUUAUUUUCGGGUUUCUUUGUUAGUUUUGAUGCGAUACCAGUUUAUCUAAGAUGGAUAACAUACUUGAGUUAUAUAAGAUAUGGUUUUGAAGGAACGACACUAGCAACUUAUGGAUUUGAUAGAAAAAGAUUAGAUUGUACUUGUGAUCCAAAACCAAAUUGUACUGCAUAUUGUCAUUUUAAAAAUCCAAUGACAACACUUGAAGAACUUGACAUGGUACAUGCAGAUUAUACACUCGAUGCUCUUGCUCUUGUUUUAAUAUUUCUUAUCCUGAGAGUUUCAGCAUUCUUGUUUCUUCGUUGGAAAGUAAAAUCAGGACGAUAAUAUUAAAAAAUAAUUAAAUUAAUUAAAAUAAUUAAAUGUAAUUGCUUAAUGAAAAAUUUGACAUCAAUGAAGAGUGCCAGUUAGUUAUGAAUCUAAUAUACAAGACAAAUUUAUAAUAUGAUAAAAUUAUUAUUUGUCGUUUUGAUGAUUAUAUGGGUUUAAUUUUAAAAUAUUUUAAUACAAUUUGACAAAAUAAUUUGAUCUUAAAAAUUUUUUAUUUGAUGUUUUAUUCUUGAAUGAUAUACUAGUUUAAUAAUUUUUUUAAUGUCAAUUACUUGACACUUGGCAAUGAAAAUUCUUAAUUCGUGAAUGGCUGUGGAGUUUUCACUUUUAAAAAAUAAAAACAAAAUUAUAAAUUAAAAAAAUGGAGGAUUAAACAUAAACUACCUCCAUCUUAAUGGGCAAUAAUAUUUUUAUAAGUUUAUCUUGCCAGUUUUAAUAGACCAAAUACUACUAACUCGUUUUUUUUUUUUCUUUCCUGCCUAUUCUUUUUUUUUUUUUCUUAAUUUUUUUUUAUACAUAUAGGUAAAAUUACAAAUAAAAAUUUUGAACGUACUAUUUUAACAAUUCUCGAUAAGCAAAAAUUAAAUGAGAAUAUAUUUGAUACCUGGAAGAAUGAAAGUUAAU